AAACACCGGGGGUGGCUCUUUGCCAGCUUCCUAGCCAUGUACCUGGUCAACGUGGCUGGCAACUCAGUCAUCAUUGCAGCCAUCCGGGGAGACACCCGCCUCCACACCCCCAUGUACUUCUUCCUCUCCAAUCUGUCCCUGGUGGACAUCUGCUUUACAAAUGUCAUCGUGCCACGGAUGCUGGCAAACAUGCUGGGCAAGAGCAAGAAGAUCCCCUUCGCCCAAUGCCUCACACAAAUGUAUUUCUUUGUGACCUGUGCGAUCACUGACAGCUUCCUCCUGGCUGCCAUGGCUAUUGACCGCUACAUGGCCAUCUGUAACCCACUGCAUUACACCACGACCAUGAGCCCCCAGCACUGUCUCCUGCUGGUGGCCGUGUCCUGGGUGCUGUCCCACCUUCACUCACUCACCCACACCCUUCUCAUGGCCCGCCUCUCCUUCUGUGGGCCUAAUGUCAUCCACCACUUCUUCUGUGACGUCCAGCCACUGCUGACGCUCUCCUGCUCUGACACCUCUAUCAAUGAGCUUCUGGCCUUCACAGAGGGCUCCUUUGUGAUCAUGAGUCCCUUCAUCUUGAUCAUUGUCUCUUACGUCUACAUCACCCGUGCCGUUCUGAGGGUCCCUUCUGGGGGAGGCAGGUACAAGGUCUUCUCCACCUGUGGAUCCCACCUCACAGUU